GCCAAUGGGCGCACUGGGAAGGCUGGGUUAGCGGGUGGAGCGGGGGAAGCAGCACAGUUGAUUUGCGGCUCCACAUCGCCUCCAUACAUCGCUUCCACAGUGCGGAUGAAGAAGAUUUUGUGAAAUUAGCAAUUACAGAUUAUACUUCUUUAGCCUGAUAAUACCUUUCUGUCUGGGGUCCUGGAUUUACACAGAGGAGGAACGGGGAGCCGAUCAUCCGUCGUUCUCUUGGUACCAGGGAGCACGUGACCCCGGAGAUGAACAAGCUUCGUCAGAGCCUGAGGAGGAAGAAGCCCACCUACGUGCCAGAGGCCAGCAGACCGCAUCAGUGGCAGGCUGACGAGGAGGCUGUACGUAAGGGCAAAUGUAACUUCCCUGUUAGGUACUUGGGGUUGGUCGAGGUGGAGGAGUCGAGAGGAAUGCACGUAUGCGAGGAUGCAGUGAAGAAGCUAAAAAUUAGUGGGAAAAAGACAGUCAAGGCAGUAUUGUGGGUUUCAGCAGAUGGACUCAGGGUGGUGGAUGACAAAACUAAGGACCUUAUUGUAGACCAGACCAUAGAGAAGGUUUCAUUCUGUGCCCCCGAUCGUAACUAUGACAAGGCCUUCUCCUACAUCUGCCGAGACGGUACUACCAGACGGUGGAUGUGCCAUUGCUUCAUGGCUCUCAAAGACUCGGGGGAGAGACUAAGCCAUGCAGUUGGCUGUGCCUUUGCCGCCUGUCUGGAGAGGAAGCAGCGCAGGGAGAAGGAGUGCGGCGUGACGGCUUCCUUUGACGCCAGUCGCACCUCAUUUGUGCGUGAGGGCUCCUUCCGCACUAACCCUUCCUGCCAGCAGAGCAGCAGCAGCGAUAGAGAUGACAAGCUGCAGGACAAGAAGAAAGACCAACCUUCUGCCAUUCCAGCCCUCCCACCUGGCACCGCCUCCCCACCCGAGGGUGCAGCCUCCCCCAUGGAGCGGCCAGAGCCUGGCGGGCCUCACGCAAUCCCUCGCCGCCACGCGCCCAUCGAGCAGCUGGUGCGCCAAGGCUCGUUCCGGGGAUUCCCGGCCCUCAGCCAGAAGAACUCUCCCUUCAAGAGGCAGCUGUCACUCCGCCUCAAUGACCUGCCAUCCACACUGCAACGCAAGACCGACUUCCAGGACAAGAACCCUGUACCAGAGAUGGACAUGGGGUUGCCAGAUGAGGGAGACUGUAGUAUCAAUGCGCUGUGUAGCCAGAUCAACACCUCCUUCACCAAUCCAUCGGAAGAGCUUUUCUCCAACCCCGCUUUGUCUGCAAAUGGCCCUCCAACCUGCACUGUGCCCCCUGCCCUGCCUCCACCACCUGCACCAAUGCAGGGCACUUCUUCCUGGGCGCAGCCCGAGCCUCCACUCCACUCUCCUCCUCCGGUUUCUGUGGCGAUGCAGAUGCAGAUGCAGAUGCAGAGUGGACACAGACGCACACCCUCUGAGGCUGAGAGAUGGUUGGAGGAGGUCUCAAAGGCUGUCAAGGCUCAACAAACCCCUCCUCAAGGCCCCACCAUCCCCACCAUCCCGGGACCACCCUCCAUGUCGUGUCAGCAGAUGUCCAAUCAGGCAGUCAUAUCAGCUGCCCCAGUGUCCACUGUCCCUAUGUCCCUUGGCACCAUGUCCAAACCUCUCCACUCAGGCCCCUCUGCUCACUCAGGUCAGGCGCCGAUGCCCCUCCCACCCAUGGUAAUAUCAUCAAUUCCUCUAAUACCAGGCCCUCCAGUGUCAGGCCCUCCUAUGUCGCUACCUUCCAUGUCCAUUCCCACAAUGUCCGGUCCGAGCAUGUCUGGGGCCCCCAUGAUCCAGCCCUCCCUUCCUGGGCCCCCAGGCUCCCUUCCAUGCUCCAUGCAACCCUUCCCCUUGGCUUUUGAUACCACACCAGCUCCUGUGGGAAUGUUCGCCAGCCAGCCUGUCCAGCCGACAUUUGUGCCCAUGCAGACCUACAUGCCAGGCCUGGCCAGCAGUAUGACAUAUCCCAAUGCCAGUGUGCCUGUGGUAGGCAUCACACCAUCGCAAAUGGUGGCUAAUGUCUUCUGCACCGCUACAAGCUCAUCUGGGGCAGGUGGAGCCAUGGGCUCGGCUCUAGGAGGACCCAAAGUCGGGGCACUUGGAGCAGCCGGGCAGCACCAUUCUUACCCAGGAGUACCUAGUGCAGUAGGACACCCUGGAGGGUUUUCCUCACCGGUAUUCUCUCCCACUCCGCCAUUAUCAACAGCCAUUAAUGGCCUCCCCCCGCACAGCAGCGCCAUGGCUCUACAGAAUGGGAACUCCAACAGUGGCAGGAAUGGUGGAAGCAGUAGUAGCAGCUGGCCGCCAGAGGGCAGCCAGUUAACAGCUCCGGCACCCAGCGAUUCCCAAGACGAUGAUCGUUUUGAGGCCAAGUGGGCGGCAUUGGAGGCCAAACCAGCACCUCAGCAGCCUGGGAAUAAGGCACCAGCUGCAGCAGCCAACCCAUUUUCAAACAAUCUUCAAAAGACUUUUGAGAUAGAGCUUUAAGUCUGAGUUGGCCUCUCAAAACUGUAGCUCUAGCCCUGGUGUUGGCCUGAAAAUGGCCGGCUUAGAACGCGUUGCAGGUCCUUAAAGUUAGGCUAGCAUCUUACCUGUGGCAAUCUAGCAACUUCCUAAAAACUCUCAUAGGAGUCAAUGUUAUAAUUAUCUUAAUUGCUUUCUUUACACUCCCAUGAGAGCUUUAGAGGAAGUCGGCAGAUAGCUGGUCUGCCAUUGGAGGAUCAGUUCUCUAGCUCACUAAACUUGAGUGGAUCCUUCCACUCCACCCGCUACUGACCUCUCUUCCCUGCUUUCACUUCUCUACUCUGGCUUUACUUUACUUGCUGCAAGUCCCUAUAUAUGUAU